AUGGAAGCUAAAGAAUCAUCAGCAACGAUUUUGUUUCAACUUUGUGUAAGGUUAAUGAUCGAAGUCGAAUGAGUGAUUCGAUUUGAAAAUGAGACAGAAAUAACUCAGAUUGAUGUGGUGUAUCAUCAGCAUCGGAAAGUAUCAAUGAAACAAUUUGAUCCGGUCGUAUUUGUUGACAGAUAGAGUCAAAGUGAAAUUUAAGAAUUGACU